AUGGCCAGUCUCAGCUUUAUAAUGGACGUCACCGACGACCACAGCGUCGGCACUCGGGCCCCCCACAAUAAGAGGGCCAGGGGCGUAGACAACCUAGCGAGUGUUGGCGAGCUUCAUGAGACAGAGGACCAACCAGGAGCGGGCGCGAGGCAUGUCAGUAGUGGUUCUGGCCCGGCCACCAACCAGCAGGACGAUAUCAAGGGGGCCGUCUGCGCUAGUCCGACAAGACGGCGUGCCACCUCGUCACGGGCCCCCAAGUCCACCACCGCACCCAGGUCGCAGCCACAGCCGGUAGCCCCCGUCUCCCUUUCCGCCUCGUCGUCAUCGCCAGCACCAGCGUCCUCGGGCCGCAGCUCGGCAAGCCGACAGAGCACGAGAAGCGACAACCCGAUGGACCGCCAGCGGUAUGGUCCGACAUCCUCCUCCUCCUCUUCUUCUUCGUCCCCCUACUCUUCGUCAUCGACGUCCUCGGCGGGUGGAGGCCCACGGAGACCCAUGGCUCUUCAUCCUGCAAUAGGCCAGUACACGCCCAAGAUCACCCCCAAGACGGGCCGGGUUAGCAAGGCAAAGAAGGGCUUGCCCGUUCAUGUCUGUGACAUCUGCCGGCCCCCAAAAACUUUUACUCGUGCCGAGCAUCUAAGACGACACCAGCUAGGUCACGGAGAUCCGCAGUUUCAAUGCCCCCGUUGUGAAAAAUCCUUCCACCGAGCCGACUUGCUGGCGCGCCAUCAGCAGAAGCACAGCGAGCACGAUGGCGACGGCUUGUCCAAGGGCGGCGGCUCUCCAUGCCAGAGCCCGCACCCGCCCCCAACGGCGCCCCCCCUCCAAGCCCGGCGUUCGCCACGGCCGGCCGCUGCUCAGCCGGGCACCUCUCCCCCGGCCCCUGAGAUGGCCUCCGAGGUAGCGCCCGAAAUGGCGCCCACCGCGAAUGCUGCCGCGGAUAAUGACCAGCCAGCAUCCUCACAGCACGACAACAGGCCCUCGCAUGGAGACAGCGGUGCUUACGGAGCAGCAGCAGCAGCCUCCCACGCGUCGUCACACGACUUCCGCCACCAGAAGACCUCUUACACAUACUCGCCAACCAUCUCCAUAGUCGACCCCGCGCAGCCGUCGCCGUCUCCUCUGGAAGGCUCUUCUUAUCCGGGCGGCCGCCUAGGGGGCUAUCAUCAGCCCAGGACCGGAGUGGCACCAUCACCGGUCUACGUGGUCACCCAGGAGGGGUUCCCGUCGACCCUCUUGCAGACGGACGUACCGGAGCUUCGUGACGCUUCCCCGUUGCCGUCUUCUUCCGCCUCGGACAGCGCUUACUCGACCCCUGCAUCAGACGUUUCCCGAAACCUGGGCCCUUCGGCUCCCGGACACCGGUCGUCGCCCUAUCCCGGCCCCACGCCCCGCGUCUUCCCGACCUCUAGCUCGGGGGUCGAGCCGAGCUCGUCCCUCGCCGGAUCUCUGUUCAUCAACUCGUCCCACCCGGCCCAGCAGCCACGGGAGCAUACCUAUGGCGGGACGCUCGGCAUGCCAUCGCCCGUUGUUGGGUACUCUUCCUUAGCCGCCUCCUCAGACGGCUGCACUCCCGGAGCCCACCAGCAGCAGCAGCAGCAGCAACAACAACAACAACAACAGCAACAACAACAACAAGCCAGGUCGCUCUCCGCUCUCCGCGGCCAGACGUCACCUCUAGACGGCUCGCACGGGGCCGAAACUCUGCUCGUGUCCGCUCCCCGCCUCUCCAACCGCCUCAACGCUACUACGGCAGGCCUUGAUCGUCGAAAGGGCUUCAUGAUGGAGCCGCCCCAGGAUCUAUCCCUGGGUGGUGAUGUCGUCGUUGGUGGCCUGGACGUGCUAGCGGAUGGCCUGGCCGUCGGGUACAUGGCCGCGAGCCCCGGGGCCGAUAAUGCGAGCCACGGCAGCGACAUCGUUGCGGAGCUCGACCUGGCGGCCUUGGCGGGCGGGUGUGUCCUGCCGGCAUCCUCUUCGAUGGCCAUCCCGUUGCCGGGACCAGUCCGUGCUGCCAUCCCCCGCUACCUCGAGAUAUACUGGGCACAUGUCGACCCGGCUCUGCCUCUCGUCCACCGCCCCUCGUUCGAAGCGGCCCCGGAGGAUGUGCUGAGGUGCGCCAUGGCAGCCGUGGCCACCCAGCGUCUCGACAGCAAGGAGGAUCGCAGCCGGGGAAACCAGCUGCACGAGUUUGCGUGGCAGGAGUUGAAGCGGCCUCUUCCCCGGCGGCAGAUACCCCAGUGGAGCCUCCAAACGAUGCAGGCCAUCCUCCUGUGCGAGUAUUUUGCGCGCUUCCGUGGCCGCAAGCCCGUCACGCGACCUUCCAAGCCGUUCGAGUCUCUGUAUUCCAGGGUGAGUCGUCCAGAGUCCUUCAGCGCGACCCCGUUUUCCGUCCUUGCCGCCGCCGAACGCAAUGGGGUCUGGCUCGUCGACACCACGGCUUGGUCUCCUACCUCCUCUCCCGCGUCAUCAUCAUCUAUCUCUUCUUUUCCUUCUCCUUCUCCUUCUUCUUCUCCCUCGCCUUCUUCCUCUUCUUUUUCUCUUCGCGGCGCCGCGGCACCAACCUCCAGCACCAUGUCUCCCAUCGCCCUGCGCCACCUGAGUCCGCUCCAGACCACCCGCCCCUGGGGUAGUGAUACUUUUUCUUCUUCCUGGGCCACGCCGUCCCUGGCGGUGACCCCUCCCCCAUUCGGAAAUGCUUCCCUUGCCCUUUCCCACCACCACCGCCGGCCGAUGGUUCCCAUGCCCCGUUCCGGGGGCGCUAGUCUUAAUCUUAAUCCUAAUCUCCCGGCUUCUUCUCUUUCUCCUGCUCCUCGCUCCCGUCCUCGCGCGCGGCCGUCUUGGUCCUCUCUCUUUGCCCCUGAUCGCCACCACAACCCGAUCUCGGCCACGGCACCUUUCCUUCUCACGCCUUCUUCUCCCUCUCCUCAGGCUUCCUCCGGGCAGACAUACUCACAGCGUGUUUCGAACCAACAGGCCAUGUACCAGAACCACGGCCUCCCGGACCAUGCCAUGCUUGCCGCGGAACAGCAGCAGCACCUCUCCAUCCAGGAAAGAUGGCGGAACUGGAUCGACGCCGAAUCGCGCCGCCGCCUUCUCGCCGCAUGUUUCUUCGCGGACGGCCACGCCGCCGUCUACCAGCAGCAACGGCGCGCACAAGACGGCGAUGCCGACGCCGCCAUGCAGCCGAUCCCCCUGCUUGGCCGCGGCGCCAAGCUGUGGGAGGCCGCCUCGGCCGAAGAAUGGGUCGAUGCCCUGGCCGCCGACCAGGACGCGCUCCAGCCCGAGCACGUGCCGCCUCUCGAGCAGCUUACCCUCGAGGACGUGGCGCGCCGUCCUUCCGUCGACCGCAUCAUCAUCCUCAGCGCUCUCGCUCGGCGACUGCCUCGCCGGACCCCUCCCCUCCCGACUUCUUCCCUCUCCGCCAACAACUCCCCCGGUCCGGAGCUGGACCCGCCGCCACCCACGCACCACCAGCUUGGCAGCAGCCAGUUCAGCGCUGACCAGCAGCAACCGGCCCCAUUCCUCCGCCAACACCACCGCCACCAUCACCAGCAGUACUACCAGGCCCAACUCCAACCCCAGCCCGGUCAAUCCUCCUUUGAUGCCGAAGAGCGCAUCAAUGCCCUCUUUCCCGACUGCCCCGUCGCCAACACCUACCUCGCGCUGCACCACACCCCGCUCCGCGACCUCCUCGCCGUCGGCGGCGACUCCUGGCUCUUCUCCCAGAAGGUCCUCCCCACGACCUCCUUUCACGAGCACCAGAGGCGCCUCAAGAUCUGGGUCACCUCGUGCACCACCACCACCGCCGCCGCCAACAACAACAACAACAACAACAACGACAACAACAACAACAACAACAACAACAACAACAACAACAACAACAACAACAACCAAACCAGCACGGCGAGCAACCUCGGCCCCCUCGCCGGCCUCGACGUGGUCCGCGCGACCGUCUACGCCGCGCGCGCCCUCGUGGGCUUCCUCGACCGCGAGCAUCAGCCGCCGCCGCACCUGCUCCCGGGCGGCGGCGGCGGCGGCAGCAGCAGCAGAGGCAGCAGCAGCAGCAGCAGCAUCACAAAUACCUCUGCCGCCCCCUGGGCCAGGGACAUGUCCGAUUACUGGGCGCUGUACGUGUGCGCGCUCAUCUGCUGGGCCUUUGUGCACCCGGUUCGCGCCGCCGCCGCCGCCGCCGGAGGAGGAGGCGCUGCCGAUUCUUCCGCCGCGCAGGGCGUCGACGGCGACAGCAGCGACAGCGACGGCAGCAGCAGCGGCAGCAGCAGCAGCAGCAGUGGCGGUGGUAGCCGGAAUGUUCUUCCUCCUCCUGCCCUGCUGCCGGGCGAGGAGGCUGGUCCCUCUACUACUGCUCCUCCUCCUCCUCCUGCUGUUGCUGUUUCUGCCCCGACACGGCCGGGGAACGGUGGCGUGCCGUCGGAUGACGAGGAGGCUCUGGGCUGGCUGCGGACCGUUGCUGCCGAGGGCGUCAGGCGCGAGGACGUGGUGCGGGCGCGCGGGCGGCGCGGGGCCGCCGGGGUGGUCGGCUUGGUGAGGAAGCGGCUCGAGAACGACUGCGUGGGCGGGAGGAGCAGGCACUAUGUCGACGCGGUCGGGGUGCUGAGGAAGUUGGAAGACGGACUCGGCUGGAAGUGGUUCUGA